CUGGUUAUCAGGUGGAGACCUAUCUGGCAAUGGCUUGUGUACCAAGAUAACCAUCUGGGUCAUGAGCCAAGCCAUUUCAACCGCUUACGAAGACUGGGCUGAGAGAGGAAGUCCACGCUGCUGUUCACUCUGGGCAGUGACAUCGCGGACAUGGACCCAGAAGCCAUCAGCAGAGCGGACCUUGCACUCCCAGAGCCACAGGAGCGGGCCGGUGCACCUGAAAUUGAACUCCUGGAGGCAUCUCCCCAAGUGAGUUCUCCACGGGAGAAGGCAGCCUCAGCCCCACCACAGCAGACGUGGUCCUCGUUUUUGAAGAAAGAGCUGGAAUUUCUGGGGGUCACACAAAUUUUGGUUGGUUUGCUCUGCCUUUGUUUUGGAAUAAUUGUCUACUCUGUACUUGAUAUUUCACACUUCGAUGGAGAAGUAUUUUCAUCAUUCCAUGCAGGCUAUCCAUUCUGGGGAGCGGUACUUUUUGUUACCUCUGGAGUUUUGUCCAUUGUGUCGGAAAGGAAAAACGCCACUGUGUACCUGGCCAGAGGCAGACUGGGGGCGAACACCCUCAGCAGCGUAGCCGCGGCCGCGGGGAUCAUCAUCCUGGUCCUCAACCUCAGCAACAGCUCGGCUUACAUCAACCACUGCAAGCGGCUGGAUGAGAACGAUGAGUGCCUCGUGGCUUCCUUCACUGUUGAAAUUGUGGCCAUGAUGCUGUUCCUCACCGUCCUGGGCUUUUGCACCACCGUGUCACUCACCCUCUACGGGAUCAGAGAAGAAUGUAAGGGGAACAAGGUUCCAGACGACCGCCUUUAUGAAGAAUUAAACAUUUAUUCACCGAUUUACAGCGAAUUGGAAAAUAAAGAGGAAGCCUCUUCUCCCAUCAAUUCAUAAGAAUCACGUGGCCAGGACCUUCCACUCCACAGUCAAGGAUCUGAAAGCUGAAGUCUGUGCUUAGGAGGCCACUGGCAACAUUUCUGUUCUCUACACAGUGUGUCAGUUUUGCAUCAGAUUUCUCCUCUGGAUAUCAGUAUUUUGUUUCUUUUAAAAAGCUACUUUAUUUUUGUUACUCCAUGUUUGCAGUACAUGGUGAUUAUACUCCUCGUCGGGAGUUGGUACAUGGGCAUCACACAGCUUAGUUCUUUUUUAUCCUCUCGCUUGCCUCUCCCUGUUUAACAGCUUGCCAUUGCCUAUGUGUCCCUUUUCCCCAUCCGUAGAUAUCCCAGACACCCCUUUGCCUUGUUGUCCAGUACGAUCUCAUGCCCAUCCCUUCUGGGAAGUCCACAUGGAAUGAGUGAAUUUUCCUGUGUGUCUGUAAUGGUGCAAACAGGGAAAACAAGGAGGCUUGGGGCUGAGCCAGACUCUGACCACUUCUUCAUUUUCACAGAGCUCCGGUUGUGUGUGCUAUGCACUCCCCAUGUGUAUAAACCUUACAGGAUGUGUGUGUGUGUGUGUGUGUGUGUGUGUGUGUGCGCGGUGUUCUAUAUGCAAACACAUAUAUCCCUCAAUACACAUGUUUUUCAGAGGCACAAAGUUUUAUAAAAAACUUUAUAUUGCCGGAAUCACCAAGGCUUUCAUCGACACGGAAUUGUUGAAUGACGCUUGCAGACUGGUCACUCGGUGCUGGGAGUUUUGUGAAGUUGGUCUGUGUGGUGAAAUGGUGAGAGCAGAGAAGCUGGAAGGGCAGAGUUCAUUUACUAAGACUUUGCUUCCACAUAAGAGCGAAAUCAAUUAAAGACAACCCUAGAGGAAAUUAAUUCUGGGCAUGGAAAUGUUCAUAUCUAAAAUGUGCAUAAAAGAGUGGUGGGUCUUUUUCUCCCCAGUAAAUUUAUUGGUACAUUUGAGGUAUACAGUACAGUUACAUUCAU